UUCAACAUAAUUUAUGGCUGUGUCCAUAUUUAGCGCUUUGAAUAUCGCUUCAGGUUGUAUUUAUUUGCUGUUGCGUGCAGUGUUCCGACAAAGUUAGCGAAAGGGAAAGUGCUUUGUUUCACAUCUGUACAAACCGCUGGGCCGAGUGUAGCUAAAAGUGGGCGCGAGUGAAGGCGGUCUCCUCGUCCAAGGCUGUCGGCAGAGAUGAAGAGCCAGCAGAAAAGCCCUGAACCAGAUGGGAGUGUUACCGUCAACGAAGAAGGGUCUGUAGCCACGGCAGAAGAUCCAGCAGCUAUCGCCACCAUUCAGUCUGCUGCCACGUUCACUGACCAACCCAUCAAAUAUCUCUUCAAGACAGAAGGAACAGGCGGGCAGGUGACCUACAGAGUGAUCCAGGUGUCAGAUGGCCAGUUGGAGGGUCAGACAGAUGGAGCUGCAGCGGUCAGCCUGGUCACUGGAUUCCCAGCAACCACUCAAACAGUCACACAGGCGGUGUUCUCUCAGCCGGAGGGGUUGGAGGGAGAUGGCAGCACAGAGACGCAGUACACCUACUACCCUGCCACCAUCGCAGACGCCACCACUGGCACCAUGGUGACCACGGUGCAGGCCUCUGACACACUGCUGGGUCAGACCACACCCACAGGGCAGCUUUACGUGAUGAUGUCACCCCAGGAAGUUUUGACGGGUUCCAAUCAAAGGACAAUCGCACCUCGCACUCAGCCAUACAUAGCAAAGCAAGAGGCUCCACGGGGUUCCAGAGAUGAUAAACGGCGAGCCCAGCACAAUGAAGUUGAGCGCCGGCGCAGAGACAAGAUCAACAACUGGAUAGUGCAGUUGUCAAAGGCCAUCCCAGACUGUAACAUCGACUACACCAAGACAGGACAGAGUAAAGGAGGAAUCUUGUCCAAAGCCUGCGAGUACAUCAAAGAACUCAGAACGAGCAACCUGAAGCUGGGGGAAGACAUCAGCACUCUGGAUCGACUCAGGAUCGACAACCAGCUACUCAGACAGGAGGUAGAAGACUGGAAGUCCAAGAAUCAGAUCCUGAGGAACCUGCUGCGACAGCACGGCAUUGUGGGAUCAUCCAGCACAGACCCCCAGUGAGACGCCUGCUGCCAGCGGGCAUUUGAAGACAACCAUGUAUGGGCCAAAAGAGAACUUGAAAUGCUUUGAGAUACUUUAUUUGUGAUCAGGAGUGCAUGGAAGAGGGGUGGUAGUAAUUGAAUAUUGUCACCAAUAUUCAAAUCUGACUUCUUUACCGAAUGACACCCUUGAAUAUGAUAUUUGAAGCUUUUUACAGGAUUGAAACCAUUUGCCUGGUGAAUCAAUCAUAAUAACAUGAUGCAUUUGGAAAGAAGUCAUUAGUUUAACAAAGCCCUUAUUGAAUAUCUUCCUUCACAAACAUUAGGAUUGUUCAUUAACCUCCAGUACAGUAAGCUCUAAAACAUGACCAACUACUUAUUUCUGAUUCUUUAGCUUAACCUCUGCAGCUUCUCCGUAUCAAAUGCACUCACUCGCAUCACAGAAGCACUGUUUUCAUGCUUCGACUUGUUUUCAUCUGAUCGCUUUGAUCAGUUGACAACGAGUCUGUCAUCAUGUUCAUAUUUCAGCUCUUUGCUUUGUAUUUUUGUAUGUUUCAUGAAACCUGACUGGGGACAAUAAUUGCAUUGCAAUAAUGUAACUAACUAAAUAAACAUGGGUUGGUAAGCAUUGCAUUGUAGGUAGGCUAUGUAUGUCUUUAUAAUAAAAAAAAAUCUAAUAAUAUACUAUAUGUCAUAAGCCACUUUCAGUUGCGUUUAUUAAAGUUGGUAAAUUGGUUAAAA